GUUUUAUCUGAAGGAAUAGCAACAAGUGUGAAAGUAUCGAAGAAAUUCAAAAAUAAAAUGGGUUGUGCGGUGAGUACAACUGGGGAAAAAGCUGCUCUAGCUAGAUCCAGAAAGAUUGACCGGGAUCUCCGAGCAGCUGGAGAAAAGGCUGCCAGUGAAGUGAAAUUGUUACUACUGGGAGCUGGAGAGUCAGGCAAAAGUACCAUUGUUAAGCAAAUGAAAAUAAUUCAUGAGUUGGGAUACACACCAGAAGAAUGUGAACAAUACAGACCAGUUGUUUACAGCAAUACUAUACAAAGUUUAAUAGCCAUAAUAAGAGCUAUGGGCCAAUUGGGGAUUGAUUUUGCUGAUCCUAGUAAAGCUGACAUAGCAAGACAGUUUUUUCACCUAUGCCAGCUCAGCAGAGGAAGGUGAACUGACUCCAGAAUUGGUAAUGUUGAUGAAAAAGCUUUGGCAGGAUGCUGGUGUCCAGUUAUGUUUUGCCAGAUCAAGAGAAUACCAGUUAAAUGACUCUGCUGCUUACUAUCUCAAUGCAUUAGAUAGAAUUUCAAAUCCUACUUAUGUACCAUCUCAACAAGAUGUUUUGCGAACUAGGGUCAAGACCACUGGAAUUGUCGAGACCAAUUUUCUCUUCAAAGGUCUACAUUUUAAAAUGUUUGAUGUUGGUGGUCAGCGAUCUGAAAGAAAGAAAUGGAUUCACUGCUUUGAAGGAGUCACUGCUAUUAUCUUUUGUGUAGCAUUAUCUGGCUAUGAUUUGGUACUUGCAGAAGAUGAAGAAAUGAACCGUAUGGUAGAAUCCAUGAAGCUUUUCGAUUCUAUUUGCAAUAGUAAAUGGUUUGUGACUACAUCGAUAAUCCUGUUUUUGAACAAAAAAGAUCUAUUUGAAGAGAAAAUUGUACGCAGUCCCUUGACCAUCUGUUUCCCAGAAUAUACAGGCCCUAAUACUUACGAAGAUGCGUCAGCAUACAUCAGAAUGAAAUUCGAAAAUCUCAAUAAACUUAAGGACCAGAAAGAAAUAUAUACACAUUUCACAUGUGCUACUAACACAACUAACAUACAAUUUGUGUUUGACGCGGUAACUGACGUCAUUAUAAAGAAUAAUCUGAAGGAUUGUGGUCUUUUAAUGUAGACUUAAACUGUUUUUACAGGAUGUUUUAUACAGGAGUGUCCAAAAACAAGUUUUAUUCACUUUAUAGCAUACCCUGUAUAUGGUGCAAAAUUCCAUCCAAUCUUAUAUACUGUGGUGGAAGAUGUACUGAACACCUUGUAAAAAAUGUGUUAAACUGCAUCGAAAUGUGUAUAUAACUAAAAAUUGAUGGAAGAGUGAGUAUGUGUGCUGUAGAUAUACAGGGUUAUAAAAACAACUUUAUUCAAUUAUAAAUGAUAUGAAUUUUAUAUGAAACUGGCAGCUCUUAAAAUACUUAAAAGGUUGUUGAUUUUUUUAACCUGUACCUUAUGCGAGAUUUGUUAAAAACUCCUGUGUUUAUCCAUUAUUUAACGACUCCAUGUACUUUACAUUUGAUUCAGAAAAUUUGCUUAAUAUAUUUAUCCAAUAACGCAAUGUGUUUCUUGAAAAUUUUGAUUGAGAAGCGUUUGAUAUCGUUACUUACAAUAAUCGGAACACUUUCCGAAAAGUACAAUGUUUUUACCUGAUUCCAUCUCUGGUGGAAAUUUAUUAGCAUGCUGGCAAUGAUAAUUUUGUUUGUUACUAAUUAUUUAACGAAUUAAACAAUAUUUAACAAAAGCAAUACAUCGUUAAACACAAAGGCACAUGUAUACAUCUAACACACAAUGUACUUAUAACUCUAAGAAAACUAAAUAUACUUAUGACGCGUAAUUUUGGAUGACCAAUUUCAUUUUUUGUUUGCUAGACUAUAUAUAUUUCUUAGCAGUGUAAACAUCACGUUUACAUAAUAGAUACUACCACCAUCUAAAAGAAUCUGUAGGUGGCAUAUCUCAACGAUUUUUUAUAUGUAAAUAUAUAGAAAAUUUACUUCAAAAUUCAUCAAUAAAACACCAAACUUGAAGGAAACUACAUAAUGUAUCAAAGAACAAGUCAAAUAUAAUGUACAUGGGGUUUUUAACGGAAACAAUAGUUAUGUUCCUUUUCUUAAAACUGGAUACAAUCCUAAAUUGUAUUAUGUGUACUUCAGGUGAUGUUUCAUCAGUACAAAUUUCAAGCUGCAGUUUUAGAGUAUGUGUCUCGUUUAUAUGUAAUAGUUGCAAUCGUAAGUUUCUAUAAUGAAUACUACCUUAAAAUUUAGUUGAAUCAGUGUAUUAAGAUAUAUUUGAAUCAUCCUAACAACUUACAAAUAUUGAAAUUAAAGAAAAUUCUACAGAUAGUUCAAAUGGUAGAGUGUUUAUCGUGAGAUGUACUGGUUUGAUACAUGGUAUCAGCGGAAAAACUCAUGAUAUUUUUGCACUAUAAAUACAUUUUGUAGAAAUACAGGUAAAGCCAUGGAUUGUAAUAUUAUUUGAGGCAUAUCAGUGGUUCUGUCCUUUCCUUGUUUACCAUAGGUACAGAAUAUAGCAGACUAUUUUUCUAUAUUACAAUAUUGUUAUAAAAGAGCUAUUAGAUUUUACAUAAACAACAGUUGGAAGAAAAUUACCUGGUUGGAUGAAUUCUAUUAGAAAACCUUGGAGAAGGAUUACAUCAGCUAAAUAUUGAUGACUUAGGACAGUAGACUAAAGAAAAUGUUAAUAAACAGUUAAAACGACUUUCUAUUUGAACUCAACUGUUGAAUUGUACCAAAGGCAAAAUAUUGUCUUGACUUGUCAUCUUUAUCAGUAUUAUAGCGAAAGCUGACACAUAGUAUCGUCAAAAAUUUAGUUUAGGCAGGUUCUAAAGACACCAGGGAUCUUUACACUAAAAGUAAUUAAUUAGAGGCGAGACAUGGAGUUCGCGGGACGAGCCAAACCCUCUGGUGUAAUAACUCUAAACCAGUUUUGAAUAAUUGCUUCUAUCAGUUCUCUUGUUUACUGGGGUUUCGGCACUACACUUUCAGCCUUGACCAUAAAUUUUUUAUUGGAUUUAGAUCGGGACUAUUUCCAGGCCAAAGCAGGACAGUAACGUCAUGUUUUCUCAACCAUUCAUGGAACUCUUAGCCGUAUGGCAAGACGCUCUAUCCUUCUAGAAGAUGCAUUGUUGGGCAUCUCCUUCAAACAAAUCUCUGAUAGUCGGCAUCAGUUUGGCUUGCAGUAUCUCUUCCUGAUAUUUUUUUGCAUUAAUAUUGCCCUAUAUUACUGCUAAACGUCCAACUCCAUUAGUGGUCAAUGGUCAUACAAGCCCAUACCAUGACACUCUCAGGAUGCUUUAUAGUGACCGUAGUACACUGGGGCAAAAGAUCGGUAUUCUGGUUUCAUCAUUCUAAAUUACUUUACUACACUGUUCUUCUAUCCACCCUCUGUGUGCCAAAGCCCAAUCGAUGGUGUUUGCCUGUUUUUUGUUCAGGAACUGCUUCUUUCUAGGAGUUCGUGCUCUCAAUUCAUUUUCACACAACUUUCUUGUGAUAGAACGAUCCGAUAUUUGUAAGCCAGUUGAUUUGACAAUAGCAUUAAUUUCUUUUGCGGAUCUGCGACGAUCUUCAUAUCCAACGCUCAUCGUUUCAGUUUUCUGCCUGUUCUUUUUGCUGAUUUUGUGACGCCACCACCCAAUUUGUUUGCUAUUUCUUAAUAUUUGUAAACUUUUUCUCGAAGGAUAAUUGCUUUGGCUAUCUUUCGUGGUGACAAAUUUUGGGUUUUUUGGUGUCAUUUUCGUUGAAUCGACACUGAUGUAUUCCUCUCCGACAAUUAAACAAUAUCACCUUAGUAACAACUACCUGAAGUCACUAAUGAGCACUGGAAGUCGCACGAAAACUGUACUAAACGCCUCCAAUUGAGUCAUAGACUUACUAGCAAAACCCUGACGUAAUACAGUAUUGCCAAUAUUGCCAUGCACAUUGGCAUAAUAUACGUAGAGUGAGAAAUACACAAAAAAUGUAAUUAUACCGAUAAACUAUAUAAAUCACGAUCAUGAGACGAGUGUUGCUGGAAAAACGAUAAUUUUUGUAAAGUUUCCAGAAUUUUGGAUACUAGUGUAGCUAAUUGUGCCAUUAAUACAAAGAGUCAUCAUCCUGCUUGGUUGUCUUAAAUUAUCCGAGUGAAAAACAAGCUCCAUUAAAGACUAAACAAAUUAGAAUUUUCGAUCAAAUUAAAAAUUUUAAAAUUUAUUAUUGAGUGACGUCGUAGAGGGAAAAUUAUUUCUUAAUAAACAGGCUUUGCGCAGAGAAAAUUUGCUAAUCUUAUUCUCAUAAAAUAUUCGAAUAAUAAAACUCAGCACAAAUUCUGGGCUGCAGCUUGAAUAUCUGAACAUCCUUUUUAUGUACAUACUAGUUAUGAUGUGAGGUCACAUAGACAGGAUCUUGAUUAUAUAGUAAUCAACUAAAUUGUGUAAAGAUUAAUUGUUUGGUAUAAAUUUAUGUUGGCUUUAAAGUUCGUAUUUCAUUUAUUCAUUUUAUUUAUUUGUAUGUGCUUUAGAAAGACAUUUCAUUUUUUACCUAAGUUAAGUUGUGAUCCAUCUCUCUUAAUUUUGAUACAAAAACUAUUUUCUGUGAUGUUUCCCUGAAGUACAGUUUUGCUCUCUGUUUUUAGUAGUACUUAGUUUUGUGAAGCCAUAUAAAUUUUUUGUAUUAGAUAUCAUUCCGAGAAAAAGACUUGCGAUAACUAUAUCUGCCACAUUGCAGUAUUUAAAUUUUGAUACAAUUUUACAUUUGGAAGAAAUAGACUUUUUUUUCUAUUUAUUGUAUUAUAAUGUAAAGAGAUUAUGUAGUCGAAUGGAUGUAGGAUUUAAAAAUUUCCUCAGAUGCCAUAAAAUAAUAAUUUUUUAACAAUAUACAGUACAAUGUGCCUUCCGGUAGAGUUUAUUUUGACCAAAACUGCAUGAAAAAAUGCCUAGAACGAACAACCGCCUAAUAUGAAUGCUGUGAUGAUAAUACUUCCUAAUGUUCAUAGCAUCAGUUGUUGAUUGUACUUAAGAAACACGUUUUAUGUAUCUGUAGAAUAUACAGUGCCUCGGUAAUUGAUUACCAUGCAUUUUUUCAUACAGUGAACUUUUAUGUAAUUAGGUUGAAGUGAUAUUAAAACAUAAGCUUAUAUUUUUAAAAAUACAUAUCUCUAAAUUUGAAGUAGUCAUAUUGUCAAUUUGAUGACCUAAUUUAUUUGUACACUUGUAUUAAAACUAGGGGAACUUUACCUUAAUAACGGAAAAUUUGGCGAUUCUCUUGACAUGUUCAACCGUCAAAUUUCUGUCAACGGUAGUUGGAAAUAAUAAGCAGCAGAUCUGGAAAAUUUAAAUCGGUUAUUGAAAUUGCUAGACGGAGAACUGCCCUUUAUGGAUGAAGCCAUUAAAGGCGUUAACUCCAUAUACAGCUAACUUCUAAUCCAGCGUUUUAUAGUCAUGUACGCCUUUUAUGAUCAGACAUGUCUUUAGUGUCGUGUUUGUCAAAGAAAAAUGUGAAGAAUGCUAAUCCAAAGAAAAUUGAGAUAUUUACACAUCACAGUUAUCGUUGUGCAAUAUAUAUAACUAACGAGAUAAAAACGAAAGAAUCACUAGUCGCCAGGAAUUGUCGGACUUUAAUUUAUAAGGAUUUAGUCGGUCAAAUUAAAAAGAUCUUCAUGAGUCUAUAAGCUUUUUAAAAAAUAUGUACACUAUUAUUUAUAAAUUUUUAAAGUAUGUAUGUAAACAGUGCUUUUCCAAGAUACAUCUGGCGUUCUUCAGAUUCCGGAUUAAAGAAAGUUUACUAUACAUAAAUUUUUAAAUUAUAUAAGAAUCAAUUUCUUAAAAGUAUACCAUAUACUAUAGAAAAUAAAUUUACUUUAUAGAGACCAUAAGUUUUUUAAUUUGGCUUUCAAGUUAGAUCCUUAAAACGAAGUAGUUUCUGUAAACUAGCAGGUUAAGUGCCAGACGUUUAUUCCAUAAACUCAAAAUAUUGUGUGUAUCUACCCCAAAUGGGUGAACAAUAAAACUCAAAUUUUUGCUCACCCAAUUGAAUGCACAACAAUGAGCUGAUAAUUAAAUUAAUAAGACAACAUUUGUGGUUGAAAUCGAGUAACUACGUUUUGACUUCAAAUGUAAUAACAGAAACCUACGUUACUGAAAAAACGUUAUUUUAAAGUAAAGUGUACACCCAUAUGGUUGGGUAGUCUUCUACUUCUUCUUGUGCCCUGCUCGGUUAUUGUGCCUUGGCUAUACUAUUUUAUUGACAGUAGCUCAGAAAAAUGAUGCAGAGGAUCUAUUAAACCAUUCCCUCAGGUUUCUAAGCCAUGACGUUCUUGAAGGAUUGUAGCAAAGAACUUUAGGGAGAAAGGUUUAGACGAAGAAGAUCCUUUUAAGGAAAGGAGGAGGAAACCAAGAAGAUGGAAGGACUGUGUGGCAGAGUGACUGUUUUGCAGAGGACUUGAAAGGUUUAGAAGUAUCAUCACAAAUAUCAAUAACAGCCAAUCCGUGGGUAUAUAGUCAGUUUCGUUUAUUGUAUUAAGAAGAUCAAGUAUGGAACAAAAUUCUUGGAACAAGUAUGGAAGUUGGAGACCGUGGGAAUAUAAACGAAGCAGAGGAAGGCCCCAAAUGAGAUGGGCAGAUGAUAUCAAGAAGCACGAGGGCUCUAGGUGGAUGACUGUAGGGACAGACAGAGAAGAAUGGAGAAGGAUUGGGGAGGCCUAUGUCAAAAGAUGGACCGAAGAAGGCUAAUUAGAUAGAUAGAUAGAUUAAGAAGAUCAAGGAGACAUGUUUUACCUGAACUUUCGAAGAGUUUAUAUUUCACUCCGUAUUUCAUCUGGCCCCGUCUCUUUUCUGGUAUUUGCUAUUCUUAUUGCUCGUUCAAUUUUGUCCAUGUUAUGUUAGGUCUUGUCACUAUUUCUUUCAUUUCAAGAUCAGGCCUUUCAUUAUGAAAUAGUUCCUCAAUGUACUCUUCCCAUCUGUCUAUUCUAUCCAAAUCAGUGAUAAUCAGUUCGGUUUCUCUAUCAACGAUGUUAUUUGUAUGAUUUUUGUACUGACUUUUAUUUUUUAUUCAUAUUAAAUGCAUCACGUUUUCCAUGUAACUCUUCAAUUACCAUACAUUUGUUUUCGAAAUAUGUUUCUAUUGCAUCUCCUGUUUUAGUUCUCUUCUUCUAAAUAUGCCUAUCUUCUAGUGAUGUUGGCGACCACAUUGACCCAUCUUAUUCAAUUCACAGCAGCUCAAAAAAGAUCAGUUGACGUUAGACCAGUCCGUUUCCUAAGAUUGGCCAGCCAGGAUAUACGUCCAGGACGUCUCUUAUAAGUUGCACAGAAUCUUCCUAAGGUUAUUGAAAGAGCUUCUGGUUUUUUCAAUGCGAGCUUUUAGUUCUCAUCUGCGUAUUAAUUUGAAUAUUUCGACGUUUUGAUUUUUAAAUUUGCAUCCUUUGUCCAUUAGAUUAAAAUCUUGUUCUCUAGAUUGUUUGCAAUCACCUGAUUGUUGUUUCUAAUAAUAGUUUGCUAGAAGAUCGCUGUUGUUUUAUCCGUUUAAGCUUUAAUUUUAAUUCGGUCAACAAGAGACUGAUCAGAUGGCAUCGGCACCAGGAAAAGUUUUUACAGCUUUUACUGUAUUUCUGUAACGCUCACUGAUGAUUGUGUAGCCAAUUUUAUUUCAUACGGUAUUACGAGGGGAUCUGGACAAUAAAAAACUAUUUUAUUGUAGCAUGAUCUAAAAUAUAAUUGAACGUGAAAAGAGUAAGUUAUCCUUUACGCGAAGUUAACUACAAAAGGGUGAACAUUGAUUUUGUAUUUUACUGAAAAACUGAGAUCCACCCACUUGGGUGGUCAAGUUUCAAUGUACUAGUAUUUUGGUUUUCCCACGAGAAACCGAAUGGUAUUUGUAAAAUUGUUCUAUGAUAAUAAAUAAAGAUAAAAUAUAGUUCUGGUACUACUUGGCAGUUCACAAGAUUUUCUCUUGGUACCACCGAGGGGUACUGAUGUCCAUCCAAUUAGGUGUACAUACACUUAUCCUGUUAAAUUUAGGAUUUUUCUAUAUGUGGAGUAUUAGUCAGAGUUACUGUAAUCAGUUUGAUAGUCAUAAAUGUUAUAAAUUGAUUUUAUUAUAUGGCUACUUUGAAAUAUCCUUAUGUUUCAAGUUAUGUAUUGCUUCAUCCUACUAAAGGAGUUUUAAUCCAUGUCAUUAAGAUAUCACAAACUCAUCGGCGACAGUACCUGAUUUUGGUUAGAUUUACUGGAAUAAUAUUGUGUUAUGUUUUAUUAAUUGAGUUAUAUUGAAGUAGCAUGUAACAGAUUUUUACGAAUAAUUUAUUUAGUUUGCUGUGAUAGCUCAACCAAGAAUUGCAUAUUCCAUAGACAACUUACAUAUUGUUUAAAAUAUCUUCGUGUUAAUUCUUUAAUUUCAUUUUGAAAGUUAGUUUCGUAUAAUAGAAAUUUAUGGUACAAAUUAACAAAUUUCUACAGAGGUGUAUUUUGAACUUGGAGUGACUAGAACAGCAAAUUUGUUUACUUAUCGUUUUCAUCCUGGCGCUGCAGUUUUUAGUCAAAAAAUAUACCAAAGGUACUUGAAACAGUAAUUUAAAUUGCUUAGGGAAAGUGAGUUUGUGAUUUCUACUUAUUUAUUGUUUGAUUGAUUAUUUUGACUGUUUAAAACUGGAGACGUAUAUAAAAUAGAUGUUAACAUAUUAUAAGAUUAUAGCCCAACGUUACGCAUAAAUAUGUGUUACAUUGAAUGUACUUCAUAUAUUUACUUAUUUUUUUAAUUAGAUAAUAUUAAAUCAGAAUUCUACACCUAAUUUUAAGUGUAUAAAUUAUAUAUUUUGUAUGAUACUUAAUAAAGUCCUUAUUAGUAA